AUGGGUCGCGCCGACACAGACGACGUCCAGCCGCUGCUCCACGGCGUUGAUGGGGAAAAGAAUGGCGUCGUGCGGUUACCGAUCGAGCGCACCGUCGUCCGCGAGCCGGGAAAUACCAAGAUGCGCACGGCAAUCCUCGUAUGGCUGACGCUGCAGAACUCGAUUCACACCCUACUCAUCAGGUAUUCUCGGGCCCGGGACAUCGACGAAAUGUUCACGUCGACGGUGGCCGUCUUUAUGACAGAGAUAGUAAAAUUGAUCAUGUGUCUGGUAUUGGUGAUGUGGGAAGAGACGCCUAGAAAAUUUUUGGCAACGAUCCACGCACAGGUCAUCAACCAGCCCGGCGACACGCUGAAGGUCUGCAUCCCGGCGAUGAUCUACACGAUUCAAAACAAUUUGUUUUACGUAGCGGCCAGCCAUUUGGAUGCGGCGACGUUUAUGAUCACCUCUCAAAUGAAGAUCUUCACGACGGCCAUCUUCUCCGUGAUCAUCUUGGGCAGAACGUUAUCGAGAGGGCAAUGGGCGGCCCUGCUCGUCCUCUUCGUCGGCGUCUCUCUAGUACAGUCGCAGACUUCAAACAGUUCAGGCGGGCCACGGGACCAGAGCCCGUUCAUUGGUUUCUCGGCCGUGAUCGUAGCCUGCUGUCUCUCUGGAUUCGCUGGCAUCUACUUUGAGAAGAUUCUAAAGGGCUCAGCGCCGGUUUCGCUAUGGAUGCGAAACGUCCAAAUGAGCGUUUUCGCCAUCCCGGCAUCAAUGAUUGCCGUUUUGGUGCAGGACGGAGAAUUCGUGCAAUCACACGGACUGCUCUACGGUUUCGACAACAUCGUCUGGCUGACGUGCUUCUGGUAUGGCAUCGGAGGGCUGUCGGUGGCUGCUUGUAUCAAGUACGCCGACAACAUUGCCAAAAACUUUGCCACCUCGGUCGCGAUCCUGCUCUCCACAAUCGGCUCGGUGUGGCUGUUCGGCUUCGUGCCCUCGAUGGUGUUCAUGCUGGGCGCCGCUUUAGUAAUCCUCUCCAUAUUCCUCUAUUCGAACCCCCUAAUCUUUGCCCAAAUGCUUUCCCGGCAAAAAAUA